UUAUUAGUAACACUGAUGCGGAGGUGCCUAUUUGAUGUUUACGUUCGAUUGAAUGUCACGUUGGCAAAAUAUCUUUGGCGUUUCUCGGUUGUCCAGUUUCGAGUUUUGAGCUGGGCUGUAUCUGUUCAUAAAAAGGAGGCAUUCAAAAUGGAGAUUGACACUGCACAGCAAGGGAAAGAACUUCCACCAACUUUAUAUGAGCAUUACACUCUGGGUGGUGUCACGUCAGGUUUAGUUCCAACUUCUAAUGGUUUCCUGCUGAAUGGCAAGCCAUUUCGGAUUUUUAGUGGUGCAAUCCAUUACUUCCGUGUCCACCCUGCUUACUGGAAAGAUAGGCUAAGGAAACUAAGGGCAGCUGGUAUAACAGCUGUAGAAACGUAUGUGGCUUGGAAUUUGCAUGAACCUCAAAAGAAUGUGUUUGACUUUGGCAAAGGAAACAAUGAUAUGUCAAAUUUUUUGGAUUUGAAAUUGUUUAUUCAAACAGCUUAUGAGGAAGAUCUCUUUGUAAUCCUGAGACCAGGGCCUUACAUAUGUUCAGAAUGGGAUUUUGGAGGUUUACCCAGUUGGCUGUUGAGAGAUCCUACAAUGCAUGUGAGAACAUCAUAUGGCCCAUAUGUUGAUAGAGUUGAAAAAUAUUUAGAAAAACUGAGUAAUCUUGUGAAUCACAUGCAAUUCACUUCGUCUUACGGUAGAGGCCCUAUCAUCGCUUUUCAGGUUGAAAAUGAAUAUGGAUCGUUUGGUUAUCAAGACCACCCCCGAGAUAAGGCCUACCUUCAGCAUUUGUCAGACAAAAUGAAAAGCUUGGGACUUAAAGAGCUUUUUUUUACUUCCGACUCCCCCGCUAGGUAUCUUGACUGGGGCUCUAUUCCUGGUGUGCUGCAGACUGCCAACUUUCAAAGCGGUGCAACUCAAGAAUUUAAAAUGCUACAAGAGCUGCAACCUAAUAUGCCUUUGAUGGUUACUGAAUUUUGGAGCGGAUGGUUUGAUCACUGGACCCAAGAUUUUCGAAAGGGAUUAAAGCUUAAAGACUUUGAAACAAGUUUGAUGGAAAUUUUGAGCUUUGAUGCUUCAGUUUCCUUCUACAUGUUUCACGGCGGUACAAACUUUGGCUUCAUGAAUGGUGCAAACGUUAGAAAGGAGUACCCUGGGGGAUACUUACCUGACAUAACAAGCUAUGAUUACGAUGCUCCUUUAUCGGAAGCCGGAGAUUAUACAGACAAAUACGAAGCUAUUGUCCGUCUCAUUAACUCUGCAUUAGCCGUCCACACUCGCUUACCGCAGCGGCCCGCAGAAAUGCCCAAAAAAGCAUACGACAGCAUUGCAAUCGAUUCGUACCUUUCUUUCACUGAUAUGUUGGAUCAAGUGCCAAAGGAUUUAAUCACCUCAAGCGAUAAAACCCUAUCAAUGGAAGAGUUACCGGUUAAUAAUUUAAAUGGCCAGUCUUAUGGAUUCGUCGUUUAUCGCAACCAUGUUGUUGUGAAAAACGCCAGCACUUUGCUGGUUCGCGGUCACAUUCGUGAUUUCGCCCAAGUGUUAGUUAAUGGACAGUUACAAACACCUCCGGUUAAAUCACUAAAUGAUCUUGAAGCUUUCGGUUCUUGGUGCCCUAGGGAUGCCAUGUUUCAAUUUGGCUCAUGGAGACCUCUCGAUGAAGACCCACAUCCAUCCGUAAUUGAUAUCGUUGUGGAGAACAUGGGACGGGUUAACUUUGGCGAACCGCAUGAUUUCAUCCAGAAAAAAGGAUUGUGGGAAGGGCAUGUUAGCCUCGAUAGCAUUCGCCUAUCGGAUUGGAAGAUAAUUCCGUUAGAAUUCAAAAGUGACUGGGUUAGAAAUCUGAAAAACUGGAAUCCUUUUAGCAAAAGAUCUGCGGGUCAGCCAGGGCCUUUGCUGGUCCGCGCUUCAUUAAUUGUGCCAGAGCCGAUAUCCGACACUUUUAUUGACAUGUCGUCUUGGGGAAAAGGCGUUGUUUUCGUCAAUGGUUUUAACUUGGGGCGCUAUUGGUCUUACAUGGGGCCACAAAAAACACUCUAUCUUCCAGCGCCUUUGCUCAAACGUGGAGAAAAUACGAUUGUGAUAUACGAGCAAUUUUCUCCGUCCACCAAGGUGAAGUUCACUGAUAAGCCCAUUCUGGGAGAACCAAGGGCUGAAUCAGUCUCAUAAAAAUCAUGGCUGUUCAUUUCAAUUGAUAAUUGUAAGAUCUGACAGAUUUGAUAUUAAAAUUAAAACAAAAACAAUAUACAGUAUUACACAGUAUUACACGGUAUUAUGGUAUUA